CCCUUCCCUCCCGUCGCAAUUAUUAUCUCUCAUCGCCUACUUGCCCCGUUCGUUAUCACCAAACUCAACUUGAGUACCUGGCCACGUUCCUGGAUUCAAUCCAGGCAGUCACCGGCAUGACACAACUUUUCGCCUCCAGUCCGUCCUCCGUGACGAACGAGAAACGCGGGAACUUUCCCAGUCUCUCCCUGGCCUCCAAGAAGCAUUCCAACGAUUCGAGCCACUUCCCCACGAGGAUCAAGAAUUUCUUUCGCAUCAACAGUUCCAGCAGCAAUUCUUCCCAUGCCAGCCACCACAACAAUGACCCGCGUGAUCGCGAUGGCAAUACCUCCCCACCCGCAAAGUCUGAUGCCAAAUCCGGCUUUAGACAAUCCCGGUUCCUUCCCACUAUCGGCCGAAAUCGCUCAACCACCGUUGCCAGUGAAGGCAAUCCGCUAGACGAAGGCGUCUCCCCGACCGCAACGGCCAAUCCAUACUUUGUCCAUCAGGGCCAGCCUUCGUUGCAGCAUCGGAACGAUGGCUCGGUGCCGUCGUCCCCUCCAGAUACCCCCGAAUUGCAGGUGGACGGUGUCUCUGCUGCCGAGCAAGCGACUACAGCCAACAAGGUUGAGUUGGCUCGUAAGCUGCGCCGUGUUGCUUCGGCUCCGAAUGCGCAGGGUCUGUUUGCCCGUGGCGAGUCUGACGAACGUCCUCAGACGGCUGAGACUGGAAAGGAACUUCUGGAGCCGUCUGGGGUGGAUGAUCCACAAGUCACUACGGUGGAGGUGGCGUCCGACAAAGAUGUGAAUCUUGCCGUGCCGAAACUUGGCCCCCACAGUAAGAUUCCUACUCCCGGCCAGAUUCGGGAUUCGGUUGCUUUCCGCAGGACGUAUAGUUCCAACUCGAUCAAGGUGCGCAAUGUGGAGGUAGGACCGGGGAGCUUUGAUAAGAUCAAGUUGAUCGGUAAGGGUGAUGUUGGCAAGGUGUAUCUUGUCCGGGAGAAGAAGUCGAGUCGGCUCUAUGCUAUGAAGGUACUGAGCAAGAAGGAGAUGAUCAAGCGGAACAAGAUUAAGCGGGCAUUGGCCGAGCAGGAAAUUCUUGCUACCAGCAAUCAUCCAUUCAUCGUUACACUUUACCACUCUUUCCAGUCCGAGGAUUAUCUCUACCUGUGCAUGGAAUACUGCAGUGGUGGCGAGUUCUUCAGAGCUCUUCAAACCCGUCCAGGAAAGUGCAUCUCCGAAGAUGCUGCGCGAUUCUAUGCCGCAGAAGUUACUGCUGCGCUGGAGUACCUCCAUCUCAUGGGUUUCAUCUACCGUGAUCUGAAGCCCGAAAACAUUCUCCUCCACCAGUCUGGCCACAUCAUGCUAUCUGACUUUGAUCUGUCGAAGCAGUCCGGACCGGGCGGUGCGCCUACAAUGAUCCCGGCGCGGAGUGGCAACUCCACGACGUCUCUACCGACGAUUGAUACCAAGUCAUGCAUUGCUGACUUCAGGACCAACUCGUUUGUCGGUACGGAAGAAUACAUUGCACCCGAAGUCAUCAAGGGUUGCGGACACACUAGCGCAGUCGAUUGGUGGACGCUUGGUAUCUUGAUCUACGAGAUGCUGUACGGCACGACACCAUUCAAGGGCAAGAACAGGAAUGCUACGUUCGGCAACAUCUUGCGGGAUGAAGUGCAAUUCCCCGAGCAUGCAGCGGCCCAGCCAACCUCCAACCUCUGCAAAUCAUUAAUUCGUAAACUGCUCAUCAAGGACGAGACCAAGCGCCUUGGAGCUCGAGCCGGCGCUUCGGACGUCAAGACCCAUCCCUUCUUCCGGCAGACGCAGUGGGCGCUUAUCCGGCAUAUGAAGCCGCCAAUGAUCCCUCACCAGAGCCGUGGUACGGAUACCCUCAACUUCCGCAAUGUCAAGGAGAGCGCGAGUGUCGAUAUUGGUGGACCCAGCACGACCAAGAUGAAGGGUGUACCGAUGGAUUCGGGACUUGCGACGCCAAAUGGCGAGAUAGCCGAUCCGUUUGAGGAGUUCAACAGCGUCACCCUUCACCAUGACGGGGACAUGUGAAUGGCCCGUUGUGCACCACCAUGUUUUCUGCCUGCCCAAGCAUAUGCUUUGCUAGAGGCUUAUUUUACGACUAUGAUGCAUGAAAGAUCUCUACACGGAGUUCACCAUCUUACAGCUUUUACCUGGAGUAUCGGAAGUUUGACGCUGGGAGUUUGCUUUUCUUUUUCUUAUACACAGGGUGGUUAUCGAUAUAUGCUGAUAUCCAAUGA